AUGGUGAUGACUUCCUCUUGCAUUAGUAGUACUACAUUAGCGUUUGUUAUAAAUUGGAAAUUAACAUUAGUUAUUCUAGCGGUAUUACCGAUAUUAAUAGUGACAUGGUUAAUAUUUGUAAAAUUAACGGUAUUAAUGACAAUGAAUGAAUUAAAGUCAUAUGCAAAAUCUGGCGCAAUAGCACAAGAAAUAUUUAGUUCAAUUCGAACAGUUUUGGCUUAUAAUGGUUCACAAUACGAACAACUACGAUAA